AUGGCGGAUCAAAUAACAGACGAAAAGAGAGGAAAGAAGAGAAAGGCAAACUGGACGCAGGACGAAUGUCUGAUGCUGGUGACUAUGGUAAAUGAGGAGAAGAACAUCCUGAGGUCAAAGUUAGGACGCAGCUUAACUUCAAGAAUGAAGAAGGAAACUUGGGAAGAGUUGACAAAGCGACUGAAUGCCUCCGCAGUUAAUACACAAAGGACAGUGGAGGAAGUGGAAAAGAAGUGGCAGAAUCUUUUGUCCACCUCCAAAGCAGAGAUUUCCAGUUAUAGGAAAACAACAAAUGGAACAGACGGAGGACCUCCACCCAGACCCCUGAGAGCCAUAGCCGAGACAGUGCAGAUGGUGAUUGGGGAAGAAAAUGCCAUCAUUGAUGGAGUCCAGGGAGGGAUUGACUCUUCCUUCCUUCAAUUACUGACCAAUGAUGGGAACAUUUGUAAUGUUCAGAUUGUUCAGAGUGAACCUGAGUUCAGCACGACAUCGCCUCCUAUCAUACCCCUCUCACCAAGAUUGUCAUUGCCAGCUCCUCUACAUGUUCCUUCAGCCUCUUCCUCUGUACCAGCAGUAAAUACGUGUACAAGAUGCGCCAAAGCCCAGACAGACAACCACAACAGGCAAAGUGAAAUAGAGGAAAUGACAAUUCGGAAACUUCAUCUCGAAAUUGAAUAUUAUGAGAUGAAAUUGAAAAAAUUGAAGGAGGAAUAG